AACUCUGCACAUUUUGGAAACAACUUUGCAAAGACCUUCUAUACCGGAGGUAUAUCCGCAAGUUUUGGCUCUUCCUAUUGCUCGGCGACCUCUUUUCCCUGGAUUUUACAAAGCUGUCGUGAUUAAAGAUCCACAUGUCACAGCCGCUGUAAAGGAGUUAAUGAAGCGUGGACAACCUUAUGUUGGUGCAUUUCUACUUAAAGAUGAAGAAUUAGAUGUAGAUACGAUUACAGAUAUUGCACAAGUGUAUAAAGUUGGUGUAUUUUCCCAAAUUACGAGUGUUUUUCCAGCUAACGGUGGUCAUGAUGAAAAUUCAUUGACUGCUGUCUUGUAUCCUCAUCGACGCAUUCGUAUCAAUGAACUAUUACCACCUUUACCAGCCAGUGUUUCUGAAGCUGAAAUAAUUUCACGGCCAGUACAGCAAGCUUCUGAAACGAGCGCUAAUAAAG